AUGGGUUUGACACGGUUUUUCUUUGAGCUGCAACCCAAGAGCCAAAGUCGUAGGUCAAAAAUGCUGAUUGAUAUACCUGGCUACACUGACGCGAUACCUCCAGCAAAGAGUCGAAACAUCGUGCGAACUCCCGUGGACUUCAGCUUCGAAACCUCAAAUGGAUCCUCCACAGCUCUUGAGGCGAGUUCUCGAGACACAAAAUACCGAAAUUUGAAGAUCAUGGGGGCAACCUCGCAAAGUACGGUCGAGACUGCUAAAACGACGCCCAAAGCCGCCAAUGUCCUGAAACCCCUCAUGUCCGUGGAAAUCCUCAAAUUUGCAUUGGAUUGCAUCAUAAUUUUCGAUGUACAUACUAGGAUUGGCGAGAACCGGCGCCGGUGCGUGGCCUCUAAUGUGAAGAAUAAAUCUCGAUGCGGCCACAAAACCAUCCAGAUAUCCUCAAGUGGCGUCAGCGAAAACAUAGAAGCUAUUUCGAAGUACAUCGCCAGGUUCGACUAUGUGUCUGUUGCGACACAUAUCAGAAAGCUGCUUGCACAAGUGGUGUGUACUCAACACCGGAACUUGGCAGAGUCUUCCACAAACAUCAAAUGGAAUAGAUGGAACAGACCAAGCAUGCAUGUGCUGCUCGACCUGACAUAUGCCCUUCAAAGAGUAUCGGCCGAUAAUCUGCAGACCCUCCACGAGUGGUUGAGAGUCAUUACGAAGUGCGACCUGCCUCUACUUGCACCAGCCUCCUCAACCAGCAAGGCGUCUACAGUGUCGUUCACAACGAACCAUACCAAACCCAAGGUUAGCACCGCUACACCCAAUUUUUCUUCAAAGUUUAAAUCCUUCCAAGCAGAACCAAGCAGUGACCUCAAGAUAGCCAAAGCUCUACGGUCCAAGAUAGAGAAGCCACUCAAAAAGUCCGACAAAGAGGACGGUUUCAUGUACAUCUUUUGGGACAAGAAAAUCUUCGGCAUGGUCAAAGUGGGUCGGACUAACGAUCUCGAGCGGCGACUGAAAGAGUGGAAUCGCCAGUGCAAAACCACACACUACUACCACCAAUCUUCACGCGACGGCAAGCUCCUCAAAGUUCCGCACGUCCGCCGUAUCGAGGCACUCAUGCACAUAGAACUGGUUAACUACCGCAAGAAGCGCGCAUGUGAAGGGUGCAGCAAGACGCACAUCGAGUGGUUUGAGAUCAGCGAGGCGAAAGUCCUACAGGUUUUCCAAAAGUGGCGGGAUUGGAUCGUCCAAGAGCCGUAUGCAGUGGACGGCGAAGGAAAAUGGACGGUUAGGUCGGAUAUGCUCGACUCGCUGCCUGAGGUUUGCGAGCCGGUGGUUUUCUUGGACACCCGUCUGGAGAAGCCACAGCCUUGCCGUGGAGACAAGAAGCGACAGACGAUGCCGCGAUCUCUGGGGAAAUGGAGAAAAUACGCUGUCAAUUCCUGA